GUGGUUUCCCAUCAUGCCUCGCUUUAAGUCAGGAAGUAAUCCACUUAAAUGAAACCUCUGGUCGUGUUCGUGCUUCUGAGCAUUACCAAUAUUAAAGAUAGUAAUUGACCUGUACUGCCUUGUUCGUCAGAACUAUUUUACGGAUAGAAAUGUCCUUUAAGAGGGAGGGCAAUGACCCGAGUCAAUUAAAUGUUUUAAAGAAACGGCGUGUUGCAGAUCUUCUAGCACACUUUAUCCCAGAGGACGAAGCCGAUCUGAUGAGGAACGGAAGAUACACCUGCCUUGUGUGUACCAGCCGCCCUAUUUUCGAUACUAUCGACAUGCUCACAGUCCACAGAAAGGGGAAGAGGCACCUAGACGGGAUGAAAUGGUACUAUGGCAAGAAAUCCCAGCUUAAACGUGAAAUUACAAAGAGGCAACAUUCAAACUAUGUGCAAGAGGAAGAAGACAGACAGAAUGAACGACAGGAGCCCUCCAGUUCAGCCCCGCUAUUGGUACAAACCAGGAAAAUAACCCAUCAUGCCUUGCUCAAGACUGUUCCAUACAAUAGUCGUCACAAAAAGCUCAGCACAGAAAAGGGAAUCGGUUCAGACCCAGCUGAUCCCCUGGCACCAUCAGGCUCGGCACCACUUGAGGUGUGUGAAAGGACCAUAGGUUCAAAGGAAGCACCAGCAGCAAGUUCCCCCAGUAGCUACCCGGCAGGCAAAGUCAGCAACUCAAAGCCUCUUCGAGGUAAAAAGGAACAUAAAGCAAUUGCGUCGGAGCCUGUGACAGCCGAGAGGAGGAGAGAACUGGAGCACUACCUCCAAAUGAAAAGCGAUGGGUGGCUGCAAGACCGAAGUGGCCAGUGGGUGAAAGAUGAAAAUGUAGAGUUUGACUCUGACUCUGACGAGCCCCCUCCUUCGGCUCCUCCUCCUCCGGGGGAUGAGGAAGACUAAGAUGGGUCUAUGCAAGUCCACUGGACAGGCAUGUGGACACUUGGAAUUGCAGUCCUUGGCAGACAGAAUGUAGUGCUGUCCAUUCAUCAAUUCAAACUAAUAACAAUAAUGUUUCUGUUACCGCUAAUGUUAUCUUUCAAAACUCACUGUGCAAAUGGGAAUGUCCCUGCAUUACCUCUCAAUCAUUUCAAAGUAUUGACACUGAAAAUGAAGACUAGGAACACUUACCUUUGUCCUUGGUAAACCAUACCCAGGCUCUGUGAGCCAGUUAGGGGAAAAACUUAGAAAACAGGUCUAUUUUUUAACAUGCACUUCAAGUCAACAUCAGAGACGUCAAUAUUUGAAGAACCUGCGCCCACGUCACUGGAGGGACUUUUCAAUCACCAACCAGCUGUUGACCAAGAGAAUAGAGUGAUAUUGGUGCUAAUCCUGCUGGGAAGGAUCUAUUGACAAUAUCCCAUAUUCCUAAGAACAUUCAUUUAAAAACCUCGGCUCAUCCUUUGAUGUUCACUGUGUCUGAUGUUCUUUGGCUUAUUUAUUAGUUGCUGGUAAGUGCUCGUUCCAGAUUUGAGUUUUGCAUGAGGGCCUUUAACACCGCACUUGUCCUUUACAAGAUCAAUGUACCGGUUCUACCCAAUUUAAUCAACCCAGAGCUGCACAGGGGCACAAGUUGGUCUGCCAUUCAGUAAAUAAUUCUGCUCAGCAUUACAGUCCAAAAAUACGGAUGUAUUUUACAGUGGAACAAAUAAAUGGCCAGAAAUAGAGUGCCGCAUGGCAAUACUGACCCUUAAGUCAUUACACGACUGUUUUCUGUGACAAAUGCCACUGUGGCAGACGACGUGCGGCCCAGGAAGCUCUAAAUCAAAUGACCUUUUGAGAGAACUGUUUGCUUUGUUUUUUAUACAUGUGGUCUUUUCAAAGUUGACAUGAAGCCAGCCAUGCGAUUAAGGUCCAAGAUUGAAGUUGAACACGCUUGACAACAAAUCUAGUGCAAAAUCACAUACUUUGGAACGGAACCCCCCCCCAGUGCAGGUGGAGAGACGGAAGCCCCUCCGAGCUCAGCAGCUGCUCCAUGCCGUUUCGGAAGGCCCCAAAAAGUUCCUUGAGCACACUUGGGUUCACUCCCACUAGCCCCUGCAAACCUUGAAGUGUGGAGGUCUAUUUGGAGCAGGGUAACCCAAGCCCAGAAGGCCGAGUUACAUUCCCUACCGCUGAACAAGGAGGUUUUUGCUGGUUGAAAACAAGGGUAUAAAUAGGUCAGGUGCUCAUUGGGGGACAGUUAGAAACCCAAGAAAAUACUUUUUAAAGGAUUAGAGAAAAAAAAAAGAAGGCUUUUGGGGAUCAUCAAUGAGGAUUUAAACAUGUUUCAUAGUUUCAAUGUACAUUUCAUACAAUGAUUGGUAUUCUCUUUAGUUUAGUUUUGUCCUCUAAAUGGUUUGGUGACUAAGAAGUCAAAUUAAGUCUCAUUUUAUGUUGGGAACAUCAAAUGGCGCCUACUCACAUUUGUGACAUUUGGCACGUUACAACAUUUAGAAAUGACAGCACUCUUUUAUGACCAUCUAUGGCAUUAUUUAAACGUUUUUUAUUUAAAGUAUUUACAAAUGCUUAUCAUCCUCUAGCACCACGUAAUCAUAAAUGGAGGGUUCACUGGUUUGGGAGGAUGUUUGGGCCAAACGCACACCCUAAAAGCAAAAGAAAGACACUUGACAUUUUGCUUGUGACCUAUACAUGCUUUUAUGAUGAAGUCAACAGGCUACAAGAACAGCAGGCUGAAGUUAAUGAAAUGAAAUGGCUUUGACAUUGACAUGGAUGUGAGUAUUCACCAUGCAUGAUUUGUUAAACCACUGUGAAAACCCAUCACUACGCUGACAGAGCCAGCACUAGGGGAGUUGAUGGCAAUCCACCUUGUUCUUUUUUUGCAGACAAUUGUUGGCUCCGAGGGGAUGCAAAAUCGAUCAACAGAAAACAGGAUGUUUGUUUCUCGUGUUCACUUCUUUCUUCAAGCUCAUCUCAGCCUCUGUUGGCGAACUAUUAGGAAAAAAAAGAGAAAUAUAUUUAUGUCUUCCACAGUGGUAUAAAUGAUGCGAUGCUCACGGACAAACAAAGUAGUGCUGGGAACAACUGAAGUUAUGACAACAUGAUGUGUGUUUACGGUCCGAAAAGCAAUUUAAAUAUUAAAGCACUCUACUCAGUGUGUACAACACAUCCAUUAUUGAUGAGAAGAUGGGUAAUAGUUAUUAGAUUCAUUUGAUAUACUGAGAUACUGACGCAUAUCGUUGUUCCUGGUGACGGCCAUGGCGGCCCGGGCCCGGGGCCCCUGCUGGGUGAAGUGGUAGCCGAACUUCAGGAUGCUGGAGUUGUUCUCCAGCAUGGCGGCGAUCUCCAUCUCCACCGAGUCUCCCAGGGUGUGCCUCUGUAGGCGGGUGAUUCAGGGUAAGGCCACGGUAAAGUUUGUUUUACAUUGAGUCUUUUAGCCAACACUUUUA